AUGCCAGAUCCUAAUGUAGCAGUGGGAAAACUAUCAUCCCAGUCUAGUACAUUUGAAGAAAAAGGGGAGUCAAGGAAGGCCAUUGAUGGAUCCCUGGCAAAUAUCUACACAAAUGGAGACUGUACUCUGACAAAGAAGGAUUUUGAGCCCUGGUGGAUGGUAGAUUUGAUUUCAGCCUUUCAGGUAUCUGCAGUGGUGAUCACAAACAGAGGAGAUUGUUGUGAGUCAUGGAUAAAAGGAGCUGAGAUUCUGAUUGGAGAUUUGCCGCAGAAGGGCGGCACGAUGAAUCCCAGGUGUACUACAAUCAACAGCAUGGGACGUGGGGAAACCAUGUCAUUUAAUUGUGCAGGCAUGCAAGGACAGUAUGUGACCAUCACAAUCCCUGGGAGAUAUGAAUUCCUAACACUCUGUGAAGUGCAGGUGCUUGCACAUCCAUGGCUUCAUAUAGUUUAUGAUGGAGGAUGGAGUCCUGUUCGAGACAGUGACACUGAUUCAGGUCUACAAGGCAGAGUUCUGAGUUUCCCCAAUGAAGCAAAAGGCAGUUUUGUGAUCAUAUCCCCAAUGCAGCCUUUGAAUCUGAUGGAAUUCACACUCUGUAUGAGGGUUGCAGUAGAGUAUUUAGAUGAACACAGAAUAAUUCUCUUUUCCUACCAUUCUCAAAGUGAUGAAUUGAGAAUCUUGCGUGAAACAAUGGGCCACUUUGGUUUACACAUGGGGGGUCGGAGUGUGAGGUUUGCCCUUCCUGAUCUCAGCACUUUGGGGAGCCACAUCUGUGUCACCUGGGAGUCAGCAUUUGGACUUACAGCCUUUUGGAUGAAUGGAAAAAGUAGUAUCCGAAAAGUGCAUAAUAUGGGACACAUUCUCCAAGCAGGUGGUACAGCAAUGCUUGGACGGGAUCAAGGUGCACAAAACAUGCCUGAUCAGCAAAAGCCACAUUUUGUGGGAGAAAUAUCAGAUCUCUACAUGUGGGAUUAUGUACUGAAAUCUCAUGAGAUAGAGAAAGUUUUGCAGGCCCAUGAGUUUCCCAGGGGAAACAUCUUUGACUGGAAAAUAUUGUCAUAUAAAAUUAUAGGUAAUGUGAUGGUAUUGCCUAAGGGCUAAUAAUUCUGUGUGUAUACAUAAAUACGUACGGAAAUACUGUCCUAUUAUGUUGGGCAGCAAGCAAAUAAGAUUAUUAGUAUGAAAUCUAAGAUGUUGAAACAUAACUAGUGAGCAUUUUGUUCUUAGUUUGUAAUUAUUCAUGCUGAAAUUCCUUGAAUUAACCC